UAUGAGCCGAUAUUCGCGUCCAUCGCGCGGGACGACAACAUACGCGCCCUCGUGCUGGACAUCGACUCGCCGGGCGGCGGUGUGUCCGCGUCCGACUACCUCUACCGCAGCGUGCUGAAGGUCGCUGAGAAGAAGCCGGUCAUCGCCAGCAUUCGUGGUCUGGGCGCGUCCGGCGCGUACUACAUCAGCUGCGCCGCCCACAAGAUAGUCGCCAGCCAUGCCUCUAUCGUCGGCUCCAUCGGCGUCAUAUCCGUGCGCCCCGCAUUGCAGGAGCUUAUGCAGCGUCUGGGUGUCGGCGUCAAUGUUAACAAGAGCGGCCUGCUCAAGGACAUGGGAGCCUUCUGGCGCGAUGCAACGCCCGAAGAGGAAACGAAGAUGCAGGCGCUCAUCGACGACUCAUUCAACACCUUCGUCAGCAUAGUCGCGGAGUCGCGCAAGAUGGAUGAGGAGGAUGUGCGGCGCAUCGCCACGGGCGAGGUCUAUUGGGCGACUAAGGCGCACGAACUCGGGCUGGUGGAUGAGCUGGGCGACCUCGACAGGGCGCUCGACAUCGCCGCCGAGACUUCGGGCGCACCGCGCAGGCCCGUGUAUUUCCGCCCACGCCGCAGCUUACGCCAACUGCUGAUGAACCCCGCCGCAGAAGCCCUAACUGAGUCCAUCAGCAACGAGGUGGAGCGCCGCCUUUGGUCAGGCUGGCUUCGGUAA